AUGGGAAAGCAACUCGAAAAACAAUCGCCAGAGGCUCUUGAUGAUGUUGAGGUCGAUCCGCUCCCUGCGUCGACCGAGAAAGAUAUCGCCCAGCAGAAGAACCGCGAUUAUGCUGGUGCAGCGGCAAAGACUGACCCCAAAGAGAUCAAGCUUGUGAGAAAGCUUGAUCGACGCAUAAUGCCUACAUUAUUCGCGAUGUACUUUCUCAACUAUGUUGACAGGAAUACGCUCGCACAAGCCCGCCUCAACGGCCUGGAAAAGGAGCUGGGAAUGCAUGGCACUCAGUUCAAUACCACAAUUUCUAUCCUUUUCGUCGGUUAUGUCUUGACGCAGGUUCCUAGCAACAUGUUGAUCACAAGGGUACCGCCAAGUAUCUACAUGAGCACUUGGAUGGUGAUUUGGGCUAUUGUUUCAGCUACCGGGGUCUCUGGUCUCAUUGCCGCUGGAGUAUUCUACGGCCUUGACCAUGUAAAGGGGAUUUCUGGGUGGAGAUGGCUCUUUAUUAUUGAAGGGUGUACUACGGCUGUGGUAGCUUUGGCUGGGUACUGGCUGCUACCGGAUACCCCUACUACAACUCGAUGGCUAAACAUGGACGAACGUGAGCUCGCGCACGAGCGGGUUGAGAGGGACAAAAUGGGCGAACCGGAACAAGCGUCAAUGAUGGAGGGCCUUCGACAAGCCUGUAGGGACAAGCGGACCUGGAUAUUUUGCCUAAUGCAGAAUUUCCAUUUGUCUGCGUGCGGUUUCAAUAGUUUCUUUCCCACUGUGGUCCGAACCAUUGGCUUCGACACGACAAUCACACUCCUUCUCACAUGCCCGCCUUUUAUCUUUGCAGGUGCGGCGGGAAUUCUCUUUGGGUAUAGCUCUGGUCGAUUUCACGAACGUACUUGGCAUAUUACUACCGGCCUGGCCAUUGCGAUUAUUGGAUUCGUCAUCGCAGCGUGUACACUUAAUACGGCUGGGCGAUAUAUAGCCUGCUUCAUCUUCCCGAUUGGCGCAUACUCCGUGAACUCUGUGAUCAUUGGCUGGGCGUCAUCAACAUUAUCACAGACAAGGGAGAAACGAGCUGUCAUUCUUGCCAUGACAAACGUGGGCGGCCAAAUAGGAUACAUUUAUGGCGCAUAUGUGUGGCCUGAUUACGACUCUCCUCGAUAUGGAAUUGGGUUCGGUUCCUCGGCUGGAUUCGCGCUGUGCUCGAUUUGCUGCGCCUGGUGGAUGCGAAUAUUGCUGAAGAGGGAAAACAAGCGGCUGCGCGAGUCGAACGGUUCUGAAUUAAUCAAUUACUACGGAUAUUAG